AAUGCCAAAAAAAAAGAAGCCAUAAUUCCUGUCCAGUUGGAAAAUAAAAAGGAAAUUGUUCACCAAGGUAAUACAGCAGAUACACUCGUGUCUGCCGACAAAGUUGAACAGAAACACUCAUCUGCAGACCUAAUGAGCCCAACUUCAGACGAUGACGACGAUGAAGGAUACACAUUCAUCGUGAGACAGCCUGGAAAUUCCUAUCGAGUUACCUUUGGUGAUGAAGAAUCCCAUGCGUGGAAGAGGGAUUCCUCAGCGUGUGAUCCCAGGAGCAACUAUUCUUUUAAGAGUUCAGGAUUUGAUUGCGUUAACAGGAACUUGCCCAUCGUCAGGAAGGGUCUGUUUGCUGAUGAUUGCUGCUUCGAGAAUGUUCGUCAUAGUUACAGUCAGGCUGUGAAAGAAGUUUUGGAAAAGGCUAAUGGAUGGUCUUGUCGAAGUGACGCCAUGGACAACUACAGGAAACUUCGUCAGCAGAAACUCAAUUUAGAAAACCAAGCAGUUGGUGUCUCAGAGGAUUCAGAAUCGCAUAAGAUUGUGAUAGACGUGUUUGACUUCAUUAGCGGCGACGUGACAGUGCGCUUGGUGGAAGGAAAGGAACUGCUGGUCGAGGGUCAAGCAGAGAAGCAGGACGGAAGCAGAGUGUCCCGAGUGAGCUUCGUGCGUCGCUUCGCGUUGCCUGACCUCGUCGACCGAGACGCCAUCAGCUGCGUGUUGUCCUCGGACGGAAUCCUGACAAUCAUCUCCAAGAAGAAGGGAAAGGCGCAGGGGCAGGAAUGAUAUUCUUUAAGCUGAAGUAAUUUCCUGACGUGGGUUAAAGCGAGGGCGAAUUAAAUGGCUCAGUAAAUGCAUUGAAGAUUCUACGAAACUGUACGUUCCAAAAAUAUUUUUAUAUGAUUAAAAUAAAUGAAAUCAUUUC